CAUUCAACAGUCAACAGACGUGUUAGAGCUGCAGAACUGCUUCAUUAUGACAAAAUGGGGAUGGACACCAUGGACGAUUUUCUACUUUACUACCCCAGGUGUUCUCUCGCUGGUCGCCGUUCACCAGCCGCCCGUCCUCGCCGCCGCUCUGGGUCAGGACACCAUCAUGCCCUGUGAGCUCCAGCUCUCCCAUGAUGAGAACAUGACAGGCACUCCAGUCCUGUACUGGCACUAUAUGCAACAGGGAGACAAUAAUAAGAAACUGUGGAAGCCCACUGAGCCCUACGAGGGACGGGUUCAGCUUGUGGACGACAACAGGGAGUCUUUGGACAAGUCCAUCGUUCUGAAGGAGGUCCAGUGGGCCGACAGUGGGAUGUACGAGUGCAAACUGACCGUCAGCACACAGAGGAAGGGCAGCCACAGGGAGAAAGGAAACCAAACCUCACUCGUGGUUCAUGAUUCCUUGCUGUUUAACCCGACCGACCGCAACACCUCGCUGCUGAGCUGUGAGGUGAACGUGACGCAGAACGCCGGCUUCGCUCUGACAGUCCUUCAUAACGGCAGCAGACUCCGUAGUGUGAACUCAGCAGCAGGAGGCAACGUCUCACCUCAGCUCUUUGUCACACUUUCUGAAACCAUCGCUGUAAAGGCUGGAGGAAAAUAUGAGUGUCAGCUGCAUCUGAAGGAAGAUCUGAUAAUGAAAAGCGUCUUCCACAACAACUCGACCGUGGCGGUUGAAGUAGAGUACCCCGAGCCGUGGCUGCUGUACGUGGCCCUCCUGCUGGUGCCCAUCACCGUCCUGCUCUGCCUCGCAACCGUCAUGCUGAUAAGGAGAUGAGUCCGAGACGGAGGUUCAGUCUGUCAGCAGAGAAAUUACAACCAGGACGAAACGAACGAGAGGAGAAGCAGCUCUGUGUCUCCAAACAGCGUGAAGACUGCCAGCGAUGCGGCUUCAUUUUCACUCAGGACACAGCAAAGAGACACAGACUAUCACACAGCGGCUAAAUGAUCAAAAUGUGACACAAUAUAUGCCAAAAGUGACACGAAAAGACACAAAAAAAACCCCCAAGAUUAGACACAAAACAACCACUGACCCCAGAGAGACAAAGACUGGCUCCAAAGAAAUCCAAAAUGACUAAAAUGAUUUUCAAACAUCCACAAAGAGAGACUAAAUGGCCGUGAAGACAUACAAAAUGGUCACAAAUGAUGUAAAUGCACCACAAAAUGACCUGAAAGAAACACAAACAGAUGCAAAACAUCUAAACCCAAAACAAAAAUCACAAGACGGAAAAGAGACAGAAUGGCAACAGAAAGAAAUAAAACAGCCAAACGUGACACAAAAUGACUAUAAAAACAUGUCAAAUGAACAAAAUACGGCACAAAAAAAUACAAAAAGAUGAGAAACAAGCAAAAUCUAGUCAAACGUAACCCAAAAUGACCACAAAAAGAUGAAAACUAACCAAAAGUUGGUUAAUCACGAUGCAAAACGACAAUAAAAUGAUAAAAAUGAACUACAAUCUAAUCAAAUGUAGCCCAAAAUGACCACAAAAAGAGAUGUAAAAAAAAUCCCUAUAUUGUUAAAAUGAGAUGCAAAAUGACAAAAAAAAAAGCAAACUCACAAAAUCUGGUUAAAUGUGAGGUAAAAUAUCAAAUUGUGACAUAAAACAACCAUAAAAUUCUGUAAAACAACCAAAAUCUGGUCAAAUGUAUUCACAGUAAUUAAAAAAUAUUAAAUAAAUAAAAUGUGUCACAAGCGACCACAGACAAUGUAAAACCACCAAAAUGUGAUGGAAAAUGGCCUUUAAAAGAUGGAAAAUGACCCAAAAGUGAUGCCAAACAACCAUAAAAAAAUGUAAAGCAACCAAAAAUCUUGUCAAAUGUGAAGCAAAGUGACCAUAAAGAUGUAAAACAACCUAAAUCGGAUGAAACAUGAAGCAAAAGUCAAAAAAUAUGCAAAACAACCAAAAUCUAGUCAAAUAUGAAGCAAAAUGACCAUAGAGAAAGGAAAAAAAAACUUUAAUCGGAUGAAAUGUGACACAAAAAUGAUCAAAAAAGACAUAAAUAAACCAAAAUUUUGUCAAAUGUGAACCAAAAUCACCAAAAAAUGAGGCAAAAUGAACAAAAUGUGUUGCUAAACAACCAUAAAAGGCUGUAAAACAGCCUAAAUCUGGUCAAAUGUGAAGCAAAAUGAUAACAAAAAGAUAAAAAUUAACCGAAACAUUGGUCAAAUGUGAAGCAAAACGACAAAAAAAGAUGUAAACUACCAAAAUCUGGUCAAAUGUGAGGCAAAAUGACCACAAAAAUGAGGCAAAAAUGACCAACAUGUGGCGUAAAACGGUCAUAAAAAGCUGUAAAUUUGGUGAAAUUCCCUUUUUCUUUGAACCUAUUUUGGAAAACCAAACUGACAUGUACAGUACCACACUUCAUUCAUAAUGUCUCCAGUUUGUACUUUUCUGUAUUUAGAGUGCACUCAUUGCUGCUGUUGUUUAUGUAAAUAUGUAAGUCAGUAAAUGUAACGCCAGCGCUCCUCUGAUGAAUGACUGAAGGUAAUCCGCUUGUUUAAAAAAUGAAGAGUGAUGCUGGAGGUACAUGAAGGUCACAGAGGGCAGAUUCUCAUUCACAUAAUGUAUACAGUGUUAACCCUCACUGACCCUGAAUCAGUUCACCUCAAAUCAUCACACGAUUACAGCAGUUUCUGCUCAGCCGUCUCUGAUUUAUAUCAUAAAAAUGGAUGUGGAUAAAGAAAAUCUGGGAGACUUUCUGCGAUAUUUAUUCAUUUUUCAAACACUGAAACUUGGCUCUCCUUGACUGAAAAUAUCCCAGAAAGUAUUUAAGAUAAAAACAUAAAAUUUUUUCUCAUCAUGGCGUUGAUUGAGAAUCUGCAACACUGGACGAGUUUAUAAAACAAAAACUCACCAAUAAUAUGGAUUAUUUGAUCUAUUUAUAUUACACAUUCUAAAUCAGUGACAUUAUGAGAAAUAGCAGUGAUAAUUUCAUGUUUUUUAUCAUUAAUAAUUCCUGAGUUAUUGUUGUUCCAACAACCUUAAUAAUAAUAAUACAUUUUAUUUUUAAGCACCUUUCUUUACACCCGAGGUCACUUUACAAAAAACAACAACAAAUACAGCAGAACAGAAAAAACACACAAAAAGAUUUAAGAAAAACAUACA